CCCAGAAGGGCCUCGCGAUAGGUUAGAAUAGAGCAGAGAUUGGCGGUGGAGAUCGUUUUCCCGGCGGUUGCCAGCGAUCGAGACGCUAGGGUUUCAUCAUCCCUUCGAAUCGGUGAGCACGAGAAGGAUCUUGGAUUGGGAGAGCUCUUCGAAUCGAAGAAGGCAAGCGGAGAUGCGGGACUGAAGGCCUCGGGGUCGUGAAUCGCUUCCGGUGCUUUGAAAGUUGCUGUUUUUCCUCUCCGAUUGGUGAUCCAAAGUUAUGAUUUUGGGGUUAGAUGGAUAUUUAGGGUUGUAAUCCUUUCUCUGUUGGUGAUUUGUGGAAAGUUAUUGUUUCUAGGGUUUGGGUUUGAUCCCCUGUAAAGAAAAAGAAAAAAAAAGAAACAAAAAAAGAAAGAAAAAAAGAAGCGCCACUAAUGGAAUUUUAUUAUUCUUUUGAUUUUUGACAGUGCUCUAGUGAUUAUUUCCCCCAUUUUUUUCUUCUCCCUGUAUUUGAUGUUUUUCUAGUGAUUUUUGUACCAUGAAAAGCUUUAAUUUUUUUUCUCUAUAAGCCGAGAUUAAGAAAAAUAUAUAUCUUUACAUUGAUUGGGAGAACAAAAAAGAAAUUUUGUUUUUGAGAGAUUUUGGGAGAAAAUUAUAUUGAUGGGGAGCUCUGGAUUGGUGAAGAAGACCAACGGGUACCUUGGCGUCACUGAGCCAAUCUCUUGGAGCGGGCCUUCUGAAGUUGAUGUUUUGAAGACCCAGGAACUCGAAAAGUUUCUUUCGGAUGCUGGAUUGUAUGAGAGCCAGGAAGAAGCUGUUUCUAGAGAAGAAGUUCUGGGGAGAUUGGACCAAAUUGUGAAAGUUUGGAUCAAGAACGUUAGCAGGGCCAGAGGAUUCAGUGAGCAGUUUGUUCAAGAGGCUAAUGCCAAGAUCUUUACUUUUGGUUCCUAUCGUCUUGGGGUGCAUGGACCUGGUGCAGAUAUAGAUACAUUGUGUGUGGGACCUAAACAUGCAACUAGAGAGGAAGACUUUUUUGUGGAACUUCAUAAUAUGUUAGCAGAGAUGCCAGAAGUUUCAGAACUGCAUCCUGUGCCUGAUGCGCACGUACCUGUUAUGGGCUUCAAGUUUAAUGGUGUCUCCAUAGAUCUUCUUUAUGCAAGGCUUUCACUUUGGGUCAUUCCUGAAGACUUAGAUAUCUCGGUAGACUCUAUAUUACAGAAUGCUGAUGAACAAACUGUUCGCAGUUUGAAUGGUUGCAGGGUUACUGAUCAAAUUUUAAGAUUGGUGCCAAACAUUCAGAGUUUUCGCACAACACUGAGAUGCAUGAGACUUUGGGCAAAACGCCGUGGCAUUUAUUCAAAUGUUGCGGGGUUUCUUGGCGGUAUUAACUGGGCAUUGCUUGUUGCUCGUAUAUGCCAGUUAUACCCAAAUGCACUGCCAAGUAUGUUGGUAUCUCGCUUUUUCAGGGUUUUUACCCAGUGGCGAUGGCCAAAUCCUGUAAUGUUAUGUAACAUUGAAGAGGGGUCUCUUGGUCUUCCUGUUUGGGAUCCAAGAAGGAAUCCAAGAGAUCGACAUCAUCAAAUGCCUAUAAUAACACCUGCAUAUCCUUGCAUGAAUUCUAGCUACAAUGUAUCAUCAAGUACACUACGCGUGAUGACGGAAGAAUUUAAGCGGGGGCAUGAAGUAUGUGAGGCUAUGGAGGUUAAUAAAGCUGACUGGAAUACUCUAUGUGAGCCUUACCCUUUCUUUGAAGCUUACAAGAAUUAUCUGGAGAUUGACAUUGCUGCAGAAAAUGAAGAUGACCUUAGGAAAUGGAAAGGCUGGGUAGAAUCCCGACUGCGCACCCUCACAUUAAAGAUUGAGAGGGAUACCUUUGGCAUGCUUCAAUGUCAUCCUCAUCCUGGUGAUUUCUGUGACAAAACCAAACUUUUUCAGUGCUCAUACUUCAUGGGUCUGCAAAGGAAACAGGGUGUGCCAUCUCAUGAAGGUGAACAAUUUGAUAUAAGAGCAACAGUGGAGGAAUUCAAGCUCACUGUUGGUAUGUAUACUUUGUGGAAAACUGGGAUGGUGAUUCAAGUUCAUCACAUAAAACGGAGAAAUGUUCCACUUUUUGUGUUCCCUGGUGGAGUUCGGCCUUCUCGCCCUGCUAAACCAGCAGCUGCAGAUGGGCAACCUCCUGCAAAAACCAAGAGCCAGAGCUUGGCUCAGGCAGGUAAAGUGGGUGUGGCAGCUCUAAGUAAUGGUGAUAAAACUGCAGUUAUUAUGGAUGAAUCUAUCAAUAGAAUGGCCUUGGUUACUGAUCCUUCAGGUAGUGUUCAAGUACCUGAGGGGUCUGAAAAGCAUAUUCCUCCUGUGCCUGCAUGUGGUACUUUCUCUGACAAGGAAGCUGAACAUUUGGCAAUGAAACCGGUUGAUGGACUUGCAGAAUCUGGAACUGGGCUUUCAGAGGCAGCCAUUGAAUCAAAGAAGAGAAAGCUGGAGGCUGUUCAGAGUGAUUGUAGUCCAAUAGAUUCGAAACGGUUGGCUGUAGAACUGAAGGAAACAGAGCACAUGGCUGUUAAAUCACCAGAAGCUGUGGCAAAUGCUUCCUCUAAAGAAGAUGAAGCACUUGCAAUAAAAAAGAUAACCAACGGUUCACCUACCAACCCAGCAUCUUUACCCGAAGAAAUAGAUGAGUUAGAAGACUAUAACAUGCAGGUGCCUGCACAGAAGUUUGAAGCUGGUUUAAACAGUAAUUCUGUUGAACUGUCUGCAGUAAAAGAGAUAGCAAUAGCUGGAACCAUUCACAAUGAUGAUAAAAGUAUCAUAGGCAUUGAAGAACUCGAGCCUAUGGAGUUGUCUGCCAUCUCUUCUAGUGCCCCUGCGUCGGCAUCAAACACUCAGCGCAAGCCUCUUAUCAGGAUAAGCCUUUCGUCAUCAGUGAAAGCAACUGGAAAGACUGCCUGAUUCAAUGAGAAAGUUUCAACCAUGUUGUUAGCAAAAUACCCCUGUAAAAUACUGCGGAGUUAAUUGUACUGAGGAUCUGUCAGAUGCUCAAUAUGAGGAACUAUGUUUGUCCUGGACUUCAGUUAUCUUUUGUCUAAUACUGAAAUGUAAAGAGUUAUCAAUGCCAGAUCAUUUUCAUCACCAAUUGUUCU